AUGUGCAUGUGCCUUGGGCUCUUAAAUGAAGAUGGAACUCGUUGGCUUGCUGAUUUGACAGAAGAGCCUUAUUGCAAGUUGUCGGCUUCGAAACUGUCCAAGUUGGCUCGGACCAAGCCAAUGAUGUCUGAAGAAGUUAUCAGAAGAGCCCAUGAACGCAAGGUUGUCAAGUGUUUCCCUCGUCCCAAGAAUUGGAGGAACGAAACUCUGUACGGCCAUCUCAAAGCAAAUCCCAUCACCAUCCUUCGUGCACAAGAGAAUGCAUUUUUCCAUGCUUGUGAAAACAUCGUAGAGGAAUCAGCGCAACAAGAAGCGGCAGAGGCGAAGCAGAGUUCGUAUCGAUGGACUGAUGCCGAUCCAAGACCAUUCUAUCGAAUGUACUUGGCUGCCGAAGAUGAUCAAGUCAAGGCCGCACUGGUUGAAGAUGGCAAGUGUUUGUCAAAGGCAAAGCUGGAUGGUAGAAACAGUGAGGAUCUGCCGAUUACUUUCUUCGCGGCUCUGGCUGAGAAAUGGAACAGUGACUGGGUAGCUUCGACACCAAUCCUACCAACCCUCCAGCCAGUGACAACGGAGUACAUCACCAAGAAAUGGAAGAAUGACAAGAUGCUACUAGCCAGAUUGGUCAGUCGCUACGAAGGAUCUGGUCACGGCUUCGGAAUGAUCGAUGGUCGCACAACCUUUGGUCAUAUGACCGAAGAGGCACUUCAAGCUGAUGAUAGAAAGGAUUAUCUAUGGGAACAGUUCUCUGAGAAGCCACGGCAUCUGCUUCUGUGGCAUCUUUCUGAUCAAUUCGGUAUCCUAAAUCAUGUCAUCACCAGAAUGUCGAAGGCUACCUCUGCAACAGGGGAUGAGGUGGACACGAAAACGUCCAAGCCAAAGAAGUCGAGGAAGAAGAAAGAAGAAGGCAAAGAGAAAGAAAGACGUCUGAUGACAGCAGCAGUGACAGUGACCAAGGAUGAGCCUUAA